AUGUCGCUGGACCCGUGGAAAGCGUCUCUUUCUUCUGUGCUGUCGACAGACGCCAAUUGGGCCAAGGUCCAGGCGGCAAAAAAAGCGCUCGAACUGGCCGCAGGCUCGGACUGGUUUGCCAAGCUGUGUCUCGGGUGCACCACCAACGACCACAUCCAGCUGACGCAGUUUAUCUCGUCUGCCGACGCCGCUAAGCUGGCGCAGCUCAACAACAUCGACCUCAAUGGCCUGAGCCCGCUGAUAUACGCCAUCUGUUUUGGCUCGGUCGAGUGCGUCUCUGCCCUGGUGUCGGUGGUGGACGUGAACAAAAGCGACUCUUUGCUUCGGUGGACCCCUCUGAUGUGGGCGACGUAUCUGGAGAAUAUCAAGAUCGUCGAGGUGUUGCUUGCCAACGACGCAGACCCGUACUUGCGGAGCGAGCGGUCGCAUCAAAACGCGCUCGAUAUGCUCAAGCCGGAGUCUGAAAUUUACAACUACUACAAGGUGCACAAUUAUCUGGACAAGACAGCGCCCCAGUCGAACGACAGCAGCUUCUACAAAAAGGACCCGCUGCUCCCGACCGAUGAGCAGUUCGAGAGCCGCGUCCAGGCGCUGCGUAUAGAGAACGACAACGCGAAACCGACAGACUUGUACUCGGGCUCGAAAUUCGUCGACGACGACGACGCCAGCGUCCUGGACGACUCGUUCUAUACGGACAGCUUUGACUUCGGCCACCUGAUGCCUCGCCAGUUCGUCAGAGUCAGCGACGAGAGCAUUUCUGCCACCAUAGACUACAUUUUCUCGCUGCACGCAAAGUACCAGCACAAGGCCAUCUAUCCUGCCGCAGUGGUCUUCCAGUCGGUCCGGUACAUCAGCGGGAAGGUGGACAGCAUGGAGCUGGCCGAGUCGUUUGUGGACCUGUUUUUUACGAGAGUCAGAAGUGUCACCAACACCAAGAGCGGCGUUGUCCAGCCGUCUUCGGGGCCCCAAACAGACAUCGUUCUGCUUGGCUACUGGAUCUCGUGCCUGAACCAUCUCCAGUAUUUUUUCCAAAGAGACACCGCGUGCCCGUUCCUCGCAAAAAGCCCCAAGACGCUCCAGGACCUGAUUUCCACUGUGCAGUCGCUGAUUUUCCAGCUGGCGUUCGUGAUGGACGCCAAGCUGGAGCCGCUGCUGGAGCCGUGCGUCCUGGACUACUCGAGUGUUCCAGACCUUGAAACCGUGUACAAGGCGCAAUGGAGAGUGUUCAAACAGAAAGUGGCUCUAAAAUCCACCUACGACGAGAUCCUCGAGAUGCUGUAUCCUCCGUCGUUGGAGCAGCAGAUGAAACCGUCGCCGCUGAAAAUCAUACAGACUUUGGGAGCGCUGGUCUACGUUCUAGAGCUUCAUCACGUGAACGACGUGUACAAACAGCAGUGCUUUGCUGCCGUGCUGUACUGGCUCGGAAGCUCUGUUUUCAACCGAGUUCUGGCCAACAAGAAGUACAACACGCGUGUCAAGGCGCUGCAGAUCAGACUCAAUAUGUCAUACAUCCAGGACUGGCUCAGAGCCAACAAUCUGGUCCCGUAUCGGGCAGAAACUCUAGACUUCAGCGACGACAGCUAUCCAGAGAGCAUUGUUGGAAUCGAGACGAAACUCACCAACGUCGCACGGUUCCACAACAACAGGCAGGACCCAAUGGACGGGACUUUCUACUACAACUCGCUGUACAAAAUUGGCCAGCACCAUUUUCUUCCGCUCGUCGAACUGCUGGAGUGGUUGCAGGUGAUGAGCGGGCUCACGGCAGAGGAUCUGGACUUGUUGAAAAGCAUUAUGAACAGGUUCGACGUGGUAACCUCCGAACAGUUGCUGCACGUUGUCAAGCAAUAUAGAUACGAGAUCACAGAGCAGAAGUUCCCCAAGAACCUGAAGACGCACUUGAAGCAGAACUCCACGGCCGGCCGUCAAAAGGCGUACUACGCUGGCUCCGACAAGCUGUUUCUGAACCCAGGCCAGGUGUUUCCCCUGGUGCUUCCGCGCCAGCUCGAGUUGCUGCACCAAUACGGCUCCGACCAGAAGAAAAUCCGGCUCCACCAGCCGAUCCUGCCGAUUCAGGUCAUUGACGACCUCGAAGACCUCUAUGACAAGUACACCGACCACGACAACCAGGAAAGAAGAGGCUCGGAGCUGGAAAACCCAGGUACAGACUUAUUCAAGGAGCUCACGGUGCCGACUUCGAUUGCGUACAAGACGUGGGAGGCCGACGACGACGACAACCCGUGGAAAUGA